CAUACCACAGAGCAGGAAUUCGUCUUAUCCAGGCGACUUCAGAGUUAAAUCGGAGUUUUCAGUACUACGAAGGGGGCUCACUUCUUAUCAGGGUAUAUAUCGAGUUGGUAAUUUAUGCUGGGAGUGUGACCUGCUCCAGAACAGGUUGUGUUCCAGAUUAGAGAUCAGCAGAUAUGAAAUCACCACCUAUUGACCGAUCAAUUCUCCGGAAAAUAGCGUCACCGUUCCUGGAAGAUCUCUCGGACCUCUGUAUGCCGACAGAAGGAGGGUCUGAAGUUUUCCAGUAGCGUCUAAUGUAUCCGUUUCCCUGAUGAUCAAUGAGGCAGACAGAGCCAAAAAAUGUCUGAUAUAAAAUAUUACAUGUCACUGUCUGUGACUGUGGGUGUCGUGCUGGUGGGCCUGCUGUACUCCUUCUGCUUAGCCUUCCAGUGGAUUAAUGGUUGGCCUGACAAGCCUGGAUAUAAGAAGUACAUAGAAGCUCUAAAACCAAGGCGAAUAUACGGUCUGACCCUCGCUACACUGGAUCUUCUCAAAUACCUGCAGUAUGGGAGACUUUACUUUCAGCUGAGGUCAUGGUAUGAAGAUGAGAGGAACCUCAAGUAUUAUGAAAAGGGCAUCACUUUUGGGCGCAGAGGCAACAAGCUGGACUUGUACCACCCUCCAAAUGCAGGAAAAGCAGAAGAUAUGAAAUCACCGGUGGUAGUAUUUAUCUAUGGAGGUGCUUGGAGCACAGGAGAAAGGUCCACUUACUGUUUACUGGGCAGGCAGAUGGCUGAAGAACUGAAAGCAACAGUAAUCUGUCCUGAUUACUGCACAUAUCCAAAGGGGAAUGUUUUAGGAAUGGUCCAAGAUAUCACUGACUGCUUGAUCUGGGCCCACCAGAAUGGAGAGAAGUUCAACUUUGACAAAGACAACAUUGUAUUAGUUGGCCAUUCAGCAGGUGCACAUUUGUGCACACUUGUCACACUGUUUCUUGUUGGCACGAGAGAGGAGCUUCUCAUAGAGUCAAAUAAGUGCCAGGAUAUCUUGCUGUCAAUAAGAGGAAUUAUUGGUCUGAGCGGCGUCUACAACAUCGUGGACCAUUACGAGCACGAGCAGAAGCGAGCGGUCGAAUACGUCUCCCCCAUGCACAAAGCGAUGAAUGGUGUGGAAAACUUUCCAUACUACUCACCAGCACACGUACUGAAGAAGCUCCGCCAGGACAAAGUCAACAGAUUACCUCCGUUUGUUUUGCUGCAUGGAACCAAUGACAUUAUGGUUCCUGUUCAGUCUACCACAAGAUUCUCCGAGCUGCUCACUUCGCGCUCUGCUAAGGUAUCACUGUAUGUGCUUCCUGGAGUCAGCCACACUGAGAUCCUCACUGACCUCAUGGUGUCAGACAGACGCCUCUACCAUCCGAUCUACAGAUACAUCAAACAAGAGUACAGAAAACUUCUGAGUACCUGCUGACUGCCGGUCAUUAGAAAAAUACUCACAUAUCUCUGUACUGAAUGUUCCACAUGUUUUAGAUUCUCGCUGUAAGACCUGAAAAGACCUCAAGUUUGACUUAAAGUUCUUUGACAGUGAUAUAAUACUUUUAACAGUACUGUGAUUGAUUUGGAGAGAUGUUCUCAUACUGCUGUCAAAUAAGUAAUCACAAAGUAAAAUCAAGACAUGGGAUUUAAAUCCAGGUACUAAAU